AUGUCGGGGAAGUGCUUCAAAUGUAAUGGAGAUUGUGUUCUGAAAGACAAUAAGGGGGAAUUAUUUGGUUAUCCCUGCGACCAGUGUAAACAAAUUGUUUGCAAAAAUUGUGCUGGUUUAUCAGCCUCUGAGGUAAGAGCUGUGGUGAUUCCUACUAGGGUGAUGCCCUUCUACUGUCCUCAUUGCAGAGUGAACACUAUUUCUUCUAUUGCUCGGAAAUUAAAUAAGCUGGAAGAAGAAAUCCAAGAAAAUUCAUCGAAUUUCCAUGGUAAAUUCAUUACUUUAGAACAUAGAAUAAUAAAGAUGGAACAGAUUCUAGAUUCGAACAAACUUAUUGAGCAAAGAUUAUCAAAAAUAGAGGAACUUAUUGAGUCGAACAAAUCAUUGAAUCACGAAGUCAGUGAAAUUAAAAAACGUGUCGAAUCUCAAACUCAGUCACAAGUUGACAGUGAAGCUUUAUUCGGAGAGAUUCAGGAUAGAGCAGAUAGAUCCAAGAAUUUGAUUGUUUAUAACGUCGAAGAAUCUCAUUCCAAAGAAUUUUCUGAGAGAAUUGCAUUCGACAAACAACAAUGUGAAAAUGUUCUAGGUGUUUUGUACGAAUUCUGCGUGAAUUUCUGCCAAGCCAAAGCCACCGGCAUCACGGAACCCCAGUGCCAAGAUAUCUAUUUCAGCAAACUCCUGGAAGGCAGCGACGGUUUCAGUGACUCGGAUCUCAGCUUACUCUCGUGGCUGCAAAGCGUGCCUCCCGAAACUUUUUCCGUGCCCUUCGAGCAGCGCACACUCAACAUGGAUAUAGAACGGCUGGAACGGCCCAGCCUGGAGACCUCCUGGACCGAGCACAUCCUCGUCACCCCCAUCAAGCCGAAAACCUUCCCCCAUUCGGCGAUGCCGUUCACGCGGCCCCGCUCCGCCGCCGACGCCAUGUCCCGCUCGCUGAUGCCCGCCCUCGAAGGCGGCGGGCCGCGGGACGGGGCGCGGCGAAGCGGCCCGGGGGCGGCGCAGUACCAUAACGGCUCCGCGCGGAUGAUGGCCGCCAGCACGGGGGACAUCCUGUCGAACGGGCCGAUGACCAGAAGCAGAAUAAAAUCCAACAAGUUGAUGAACACCUCGGUGGACCGGCUGUUCGAAAACGACCAAGUUUUCCUCAGCAGCAGCUACGCAGAAUUUCAGCAACUACCUUCCAUACAGGAACAGACUAGCACGCCAAAAAUCAACGCCAACUACAACUCGAAUUCCGCCAGUUUGGAGGAUAAACUUUCCACUUCGUCGUUGGACAACAAAGGAAGAGAAAGCCCAGCCUCCUCCGUAACAUUAAGGACUCCAGAAAUUCGGAAAAUACCUGCUAGAGUCAGCGAAGAAGUGGCGGCGGCGAUCAAACGCCUGGAAUCGCUGUUCAUCGACGCCGGCACCGCCGGUAGUACGACCGGUACCGCCGGCUGGGAAUCGCACCCGAAACACCCUCGCGUCGUCAUCAAGGAACCGGCGAUAUCGAACAAAAAAUGUGACGUGCACGACGCGAGCUCGAGGAGCAGAUCGCUCGGCAACAUUGCGCACGCGCUGUGCCACAGGAGCCCGAUAGGGGUAGCGAGGAAGAAGGAGCCGGACAUCGUUUUUCCGGGGGAGGGGAACAUGGGGCCUAGGAGGGUGUCCGGCUCGCUAGCAUUCCCCCACCUGCCGCCUCACAAGGACAUGGAGCACCCCAGCCAGUUCUUCUCGACGUUGCGCAAAGGCUCGCUCGACACGUCCAGCGAAUGUCUGCGCAGAGAGAGCGCAUGGAACAAGCAUCACGUCGGCGCGCAGAAGAAGCGUAGCGCGCAGAACGCUUCCUCCGAUUCGCUGGUAGACAGCAGGAGGACGUCUUGGAGCGUCGAGCAUUUCGACGAUAGAUUCAUUGGCGCUCAUUCCAAGACGCUGCGCAAAGGCUCGCUCGACACGUCCAGCGAGUGUCUGCGCAGAGAGAGCGCAUGGAACAAGCAUCACGCCGGCGCACAGAGGAAGCGUAGCGCGCAGAACGCAUCCUCCGAUUCGCUGGUAGACAGCAGGAGGACGUCUUGGAGCGUCGAGCAUUUCGACGAUAGAUUCAUUGGCGCUCAUUCCAAGAUGCUGCGCAAAGGCUCGCUCGACACGUCCAGCGAAUGUCUGCGCAGAGAGAGCGCAUGGAACAAGCAUCACGUCAGUGCGCAGAAGAAGCGUAGCGCGCAGAACGCUUCCUCCGAUUCGCUGGUAGACAGCAGGAGGACGUCUUGGAGCGUCGAGCAUUUCGACGAUAGGCAAUUCCUUGGCGCUCAUUCCAAGACGCUACGCAAAGGCUCGCUCGACACGUCCAGCGAAUGUCUGCGCAGAAAGAGCGCAUGGAACAAGUAUCACGUCGGCGCACAGAAGAAGCGUAGCGCGCAGAAGGCGUCCUCUGAUUCGCUGGUAGACAGCAGGAGGACGUCUUGGAGCGUCGAGCAUUUCGACGAUAGGCAAUUCCUUGGCGCUCAUUCCAAGCCGACCACCUUAGAUCGCGACGACAAAGUCGACGACAGCGUCGAUGGCAGACCGAGGUUCGUCGCCGUCGCUUCGUUGGAGGACGUGCAGGCCGUCAGAUGCGCCGAUUUCCACCCUAGCGGCCGCAUCUACGCGCGCACCAAACACCACAAGGGCUCCAUCUACUGUCUGGCCUGGUCUCCUGUCGGCGAUCUUCUCGCCACUGGCUCCAACGACAAGACGGUCAAGCUGAUGAAGUUCAACGUCGAUACGUCGAACAUCGAGGGCGACGAGAUCGAGUUGGGCAUGCACGAUGGGACGAUAAGGGACAUCUGCUUUCUGGAGGACAGUUCGAAUAAGUCGAGCUUGCUGAUUAGUGGGGGCGCUGGGGAUUGCAAGAUUUAUAUUACGGAUUGCGCGACCGGGACGCCUUUCCAGGCGCUCAGCGGUCAUACGGGCCACAUCCUCACUUUGUACACGUGGGGCGGCGCGAUGUUCGUCAGCGGCUCGCACGACAAGACCGUCCGCUUCUGGGACCUGCGCACCAAGGGCUGCGUCAACGUCGUCACGCCCGUCACGGUGCCGGGCACCAGGCAGAGCUCGCCCGUCGCCUGUCUGUGCGUCGACCCGUCGGGCAGGCUGCUGGUUUCGGGCCACGAGGACAGCGCAUGCGUGCUGUACGAUAUUAGGGGAGGGCGGGGCGUGCAGAGCUUCAAGCCGCAUUCGGCCGACGUGAGGUCGAUACGGUUCUCGCCCUCCGCCUACUACUUGUUGAGUGCCGGGUACGAUAACAAAUUGGUGCUCACCGAUUUACAAGGUGACUUGACGCUCCCGCUGCCGAGCGUGGUGGUAGCCCAGCACGACGACAAGGCCAUCUCCGCUCGAUGGCAUCCUUCGGAGUUCUCCUUCGUGUCGACUUCUGCUGACAAGACGGCAACGCUGUGGGCCCUGCCGCCCGUCUAACCGCCCGAUCGCCAUCGAAUCCUAUCGGCACGGAUCCGAACUAAAAACCGUAUCUGUCGCGGCUCGUACAGGGUCAUUCCGUAUAUUCAAACAGCUUCAACAGGGUUCACCAUUGAGGAUAGAGAAAAACUUCGAAUGCAAAAGUUGUAGGGUUUGUUCUGAACUACCAGAAAAUUAUACCAGAUGAAACAAAUGAAUAUCGCUGAUAUAAGAAAUGGGUACCAACUUCCAAUGGAACACCCUAUAUAUUUUUCGAAGAAAAUCAAGAUCUUUUCUUCCUGAUCCCAAAAAUAUAUUGGUCAUUGAUAUUUGGUUCAGCCGUUUUCGAGAUAUUCGAGGUUGAACAUUUCAGAUCUAGUCCCAAUUUGAUUUCACCAAAUCGCAAUUGCCAUGAAGAAAAAAUAACACAUACGCAAGUUGUCAUCAAUAAAACGUUCUGUCAUUAUGUUCAUUGCAUAGAAUUUCGGAAGAAAUAUGGGUUUCAGUGAAGAUGAACACAAAUAUUUACUUCAUAAGUAAUUCAAUGUUUGUUCUACCUUGGAAAUAAAGCAAUAUUUCCAAUUCUCCAUCUUCAUCAGCAAUGACAGUGCGUUUUUUUCUUCGAAGAUUUUUUCGUUCUCUCAUACUCCUCGCAGUGAAAUAAAACGUACUUCUGGAAGGAACUUCAUUCCAGGAUGAAUGCGUUGAUACUCCGCUCGAUCUUCCACUGCAUUAUUAUUUUUGUAGAAUAAACGAAUCAUUUCAAACUUUUCAUCUCCACUGGAACCCAUAUUUCUUCCGAAAUUCUAGGCAAUGAACAUAUGACAGAACGUUUAACUGAUGACAACUUGCGUAUGUGUUGUUUUUUCUUCAUGGCAAUUGCGAUGUGGUGAAAUGAAAUUAAAACUGAAUCUGAAAUGUUCAACCUCGAAUAUCUCGAAAACGGCUGAACCAAAUAUCAAUGACCAAUAUAUUUUUGAAAUCAGGUAGAAAAGAUCAUGAAUUUUUACUAAAAAUAUAUAGGGUGUUCCAUUGAAAAUAACGAAGCUGGUACCCAUUUCUUAUAUCAGCGAUAUCCAUUUGUUUCAUCUGGUAUAAUUUUCUGGAGGUUCAGAACAAACCUUACAACUUUUGCAUUCGAAGUUUUUCUCUAUCUUCAAUGAUAAACCCUGUAGAAGCUGUUUAAAUAUACGGAAUGACCCUGUACGUCAAAUUGUCGGUGAUUGGUCGCGGAAAGUUUAGCGGAGUCGCUCGUUAGCUAUUACCGUGCUCAGUUCAGAACAGCUGAUUCGAAUGGUGCUUUGGGUUCAAUGGGCCUGUUUCAGUGACCAUUUGUAUAUCGUUAUUUAGAAGUACUAACGCUAACUAGUCCACUGUCGCCAACCGUUUUUCCUCAGAGCACUCCAAUUUUUUUUUUCAAGAAAAUGAGCCUUUCCAGUCAUUUCCAGAAAUAUAUGUCUCGAAAUAUAUGGCUCUGAAAUACCUUAGAAUAUUUUUUUCCAUCAAUUCAUUGUAUAAAAAAUAAUGCAUACGCCAAAAUGAAUGAGCGAAUUCAAACAUGGCCGUGAAACGUGUGAUGUCAGUGCGCAAGCAAUUUGGAUUUGGUAAUGCCCCUCAACUCCUUGUGGGUGCCAAUAAAAUGUACAAGGGACUUGACAAUGAUGCCAAUUGGAACAGAAAGCUAUGACUAGUCGGAUUUUCAUUUCUCGUUUUUUUCAUUUCAGCAAAUAAUAAAGAUAUUGUUAGAUUACUCAAUAAUAUCUACCCAACUGAAAAUUUGUGGUAAUGAAAAAUUGCUCUAGUAAAGUACUUUCAAGUUUAGGUACUCACUUUUACCUACAUACCAUAGGGAAAAGAACACAUUUUGGAUCAACCAAUCUUGGUUCUAUUUUCUAUUUAUUUCAGUACAAGCAUCACUGGCUUCCUGUGAAUAAUAUUAAGAAAUGAGAACAGUGAAGUUAUGCGGAGAAUGAGGUAUUUUAACUUGGCAACAUUGUCUUAACGCCAGUUGCUUCAUCUCCUCUUGUUAACAUAGUUGCCAUAUUAGCAAUUGAAUUUUCCGGUAGUGAGUACUUGGGAUAUAGUAAACUGUUUGAUUUGUUGAUUAUUACAAUUAUUCAACAAAAUGAUAACAUCAUAACUCAAUCCAAACCAUAUGAAAAGCAUCUUACUGUUUGAUGCCUGCAGUGAAUUACCAAUGAACUAAUCAGCUGCUACAUAGUAAUUUCGAAUCAUUUCAUUCUUUGCACUGUUUCACAUGAGAUCAAUUCAAGGAUUUCAUAGAGACCUGGCAACUGCGGUGUGCUUCCCAACCGCCACGAACUCCAACCAAUCAAAUUGCGAGGAGACACUGACAUCACAGCUCACUAACAUUUGAAUUCACAUGUAUUGAAAUAGCAUUUUCAAUAUUAAAUAUUUCAUAUCAUUUCCAAUUUUCUCGAUGAAUAAAUAUGUGGUCAGGAUAACGUUUUUGAAUUGGAUAACGUUUCUGAAUUCCCUUCAUAACAUUAUAGUAAAACAGGAUCAAAAUUCACCAUACUGGAAAGACCCAUUAUCGGAAUUCACAAUAUUUCAUAACAUGAACAACGCGAGGAAACGCGUGACGUAAUCUACCUUGACCAAUCCAAUGCAACCAUAUAAAAUUCUACUUAUACAGUGUGUCCCACUUACCAUGCUCACCAUGGGUAUCUUUUUAACGGUGAGAGAUACGAGGUCGGUUAAAUGACACCAAAUGUGGAG